UUAUCACGAUACGACAGCAUUUACAUUUCCCUUCUCAUUGUGAUUUGUGUUCUUCAGAGUUUAAUAUUUUGUUGUUUUGUUGGAGAUGUCUAAAUUAAUUCUUUUGUUACUAAUAACAUUACAAGCUGACUGGAUAUUCGCUUCGUUACCAUUAGUAAUAAAUACUUGGAACUUUCAGUCAGCUACUGUGAAAGCGUGGGAAACUGUAUUCACGAAUAAACAGAGUGCCGUUGAUGCUGUUGUCGAAGGGUGUUCAGUAUGUGAACGUGAACAAUGCGAUACGACUGUAGGAUACGGGGGAAGUCCAGACGAAAAUGGUGAAACAACGUUAGACGCAAUGAUUAUGGACGGUGCGACCAUGAACAUUGGUGCAGUCGCAGCGUUAAGAAAUAUCAAAGAUGCGAUAGCAGUGGCAAGAAAUGUUCUUCAAAAUUCGAGGCAUACUAUGCUAGUCGGUUCACAAGCGACUGAAUUUGCCAUACAGAUGGGCUACAAAAGCGAAUCGCUGGCAACAAAUUAUUCACAACAAGUGUGGCAGAAUUGGAAAAAUAAUUCAUGCCAGCCAAAUUUUUGGAUGAACGUACAACCGAACAGUUCGACUAGUUGUGGACCGUAUGAACCACUUUCUGACAAUGAAGUAGACAACUUUUGGAAUACAAGAGACUAUUACGCAAAGCAUAAAUUCGGUUCAGGUCAUCACGACACAAUUGGAAUGAUUGUAAUCGAUAGGAAUAAGAAUGUUGCUGCUGGAACAAGUACAAACGGUGCGAGACACAAAAUACCAGGGCGAGUCGGUGACUCUCCAAUACCAGGCUCAGGAGCGUAUUGUGAUAAUAGCAUUGGUGCAGCUAGUGCUACAGGAGACGGCGAUAUAAUGAUGAGAUUCUUACCCGCCUUAUUGGCUGUGGAAUUUUUACGCGCCAAUAUGACUCCCCAUAAUGCGGGCGAAAUGGCUUUACGCCGAAUCGUUCCACACUAUCCGGAUUUUGUAGGUGCAGUCGUUGUCGCCAACAUAAAUGGUGACUAUGGUGCUGCUUGUCAUGGUAUGGUGGAUUUUCCAUUUUCUGUGUAUACAGCAUCGACAGGGAAUGUUGUGAAACGAGUCAAAUGUUUUAGUGUUAAUUAAAAUUCUAUUUAAU